AUGUCAGCACAACCCACCAUAAAAGCCAUCUCUUUCGAGCAACACGCCAGCGGACGCGGCAUCGGGAUCGCAUCACCCCGCAUCUCAUGGAAAUUCGCUGCAGACAGCAACACAAUCCAGAACUGGGAACAGAAAGCCUACGACCUAGAAAUUCGUCGUGGAUCAGUCACAGAAGACUUUCACAUUGAAUCCAACAACUCUCUCCUCGUCCCUUGGCCAAGUCAGCCCCUCCAAUCUCGCGAGAUCGUUCAAGUUCGCAUUCGCUCGUAUGGUAACUCUACGACCGAGCCAACGCCAUGGUCAACCUGGAAAUCUCUCGAAUGUGGUCUUUUACAUCGAGAGGACUGGAAAGCUCAUGCCAUCACUUCUCCCAUCAAGGAGGUAGUAGAUGGCCCAUUGCGACCUCUGCGCUUUAGAAAGACGCUCCACGUCCCUGGGCCUUCGAACGAAGUGAAACGCGCAAGACUUUACAUCACGAGUCUGGGCGUAUUCCAGGCUUAUAUCAAUGGCGCGCCUGUUGGUGAUCAUUUCCUCGCGCCUGGCUGGACAAGCUAUCACCACCGGCUGAACUAUGAAGUUUUCGACAUCGCACCGCUCCUCCACGAGGGGGAGAAUGUCAUUGCAGUCGAGGUCGCAGAGGGGUGGUAUGCAACUCGCCUGGGAUUCCACGGUGGACGAAGAUUUAUCUACGGCGAUGAGAUGGCCUUGAUUGCGCAGCUGGAGAUUGAAUCCGAAAGUAGCAAAGAAACCAUCCUGUCGGAUUCUUCGUGGAAAAGCCACACCUCGGCGCUGAUAUCCAGCGAGAUCUACGACGGCGAGGUAUACGACGCACGCGAAGAAGAAGAAGGAGACUGGACGACCACGCCCUUCCAAGACGAAACCUGGCCCACGGUCCGCGAAACCGCAUUCCCAAAGACGAACCUCGUAGCACCAAAUGCACCGCCCGUCCGCGUAACCCAGAUCAUAAACCCGGUGCAAAUAAUAACAACACCGUCAGGUCAAACAAUCGUUGAUUUCGGCCAGAACCUCGUCGGCCGUGUCUGUAUCCCCUCCCUUCUGACACCACCAGAUACGCGCAUCACACUCACACACGCCGAAGUCCUCGAGAACAACGAACUAUCAAUCCGACCCCUCCGCGACGCAAAAUGCACCGACACAAUCAUCUCCGCAGGACAAGAACUCAAAGAAUGGAAACCACGCUUCACAUUCCACGGCUUCCGCUACGUACAAAUAUCAAACUGGACCCCAAGCCUCUCAAAUCUUCACGCAGAGGUCCUACACACCGACCUCAAGCGCAGCGGAACAUUCAAAACCUCGCACGAAAUGGUCAACAAGCUCCACGAGAACGCUACCUGGAGUAUGCGCGGGAAUUUCCUCUCCAUCCCGACAGACUGUCCACAGCGCGACGAGCGGCUGGGCUGGACGGGCGAUAUUCAGAUUUUCGCCCCGAGCGCCUCGUUCUUAUACAACACUGCGGGGAUGUUGGGAGAUUGGUUGGAAGAUCUGGCCGCUGAGCAGAUUUCUUCCGGGACGGGGAUUCCGCCGUUCGUUGUGCCGAAUGUUAUUCCUGAAUCGUCAUGGCCCGUGUUUCCGCAGGCUGUUUGGGACGAUGUGACUGUUCUUUUACCUUGGACGCUGUACGAGAGUUAUGGGGAUGUGGAGAUUCUUCGGCGCCAGUAUGCUAGUAUGCUUGCUUGGGUUGAUGCAGGUGUGAAGCGAGGGCCAGAUCGAUUGUGGGAUGAUGAGCUUUUUCAAUUGGGUGAUUGGCUUGAUCCUACUGCUCCUCCUGAGCAGCCGGGCAAUUCGCGGACGGAUGGGACGUUCGUUGCGGAUGCGUAUUUGGUGCAUGUUACGAAGGUGUUGGGGCGUGUUAGCCGGGUGUUGGGUGAGGGUGAGAAUGCGUCGCGGUAUGAGAGUGAUUAUCUUGCUCUCAAGGCGCGGUUUCAGGAGAAGUAUGUCACGGCUGAAGGGUAUCUGGUUGGGGACACACAGACUGCAUUUGCACUGGUGAUAUUCUUUGAUUUACUGGACAGUCCUGCGCAAAUCGCCCGUGCGGGUGCGAGACUGGCGAGAUUGGUUCGGAGAGCGAAGUUCCAGGUUUCGACGGGGUUUGCGGGCACGCCGAUUAUUACGCAUGCGCUUUGUAAGGCUGGAUAUGUCCAGUUGGCGUAUCGGAUGUUGUUGGAGAAGACUUGUCCCUCUUGGAUGUUUCCGAUUACGAUGGGUGCGACGACUAUUUGGGAGAGGUGGGAUAGUAUGCGGGCGGAUGGGAGUGUCAAUCCGGGUGAAAUGACGAGCUUUAAUCAUUAUGCGCUUGGGUCGAUUGUUAAUUGGUUGCAUAAGGAUGUUGCGGGUGUGAGUUUGCUUGAGCCUGGAUGGAAGAGGGUUCUUGUUAAGCCUUUGCCUGGGGGCACGGUUACGAGUGCUGAGGUGAGGUAUGAGACUGCUUUUGGAGAACUUGAGUGUCGGUGGGCUCUUGAUAGGAAUUUGUUCCAGCUUAGUCUUGCUGUGCCGCCGAAUUCCUCUGCCGAUGUUGUUUUGCCUGGCAGUGAUGUUGUGGAGAGGGUUGGAUCUGGGAGUUACGGAUUUGAGACAAAGUUUGAUAGUGGAGUAGGAUGGCCUCCUAAGUCUUUGGUGCCGCCUAUGUUUGAGCCUGAGGAUACUUUUGUCUGA